GGAACAAGAAUAAUGGAAGACUGUGUAGACACAAAAGAUAACUCCACUUGCCCAGGAAUUCCCUACGAAGAGAGCCAGCCACUUCUGGUUGCUGUUUACAGCAUCGUUUUUGCCAUAGGCCUUCCAGCAAAUUGCUUAACUUCGCUGCUUACACUGGUACAAAUCCAAAGGAAUAAAAUAAUUGCCAUCUACAUUUUCAGUUUAUCGUUGUGUGAGCUGAUGUAUUUAAGUACCUUGCCUCUCUGGAUUAUCUAUGUGCAAAACAGGCACAGAUGGACCAUGGGUGACACUGCUUGCAAAAUAACAGGAUUCAUCUUUUUCUGCAAUAUAUACAUCAGCAUUCUGCUUUUGUGCUGCAUUUCCCUGGAUCGUUACGUGGCACUAGUGUAUCCUCUGGAAUCAAGGGGGAGAAGAGGACAGAAAAAAGCCAUCAUAAUAGUCUGUUUUCUUUUUGCUGUGGUUGCAGUAAUCCACACUCCAGUAUUUUACGUGGAAGAUGAGCAAAACCACACAAAUAGAACCUGCUUUGAGACUGUGCCCCUUGGCAUAAAAUUGGCUUCUUUCAGCUUUGCUAGAUUCCUAUUUGGAUUUGCCAUACCCUUCACAAUCCUCAUUUUCACGAACUACAAAAUUUUUCAAAUUACAAAAAGUAGCAGCAGCUUGUCUUGUCACCAAAAAGCCAAAGUGAAGUAUCUGGCUAUUGCCAUUAUUGUAAUUUUCCUGAUCUGCUUUGCUCCCUACCAUGUGGUACUCAUAAUAAGAGCCAUACACUUCAUGUUUAAUCAGAAUUGCCCAUGUCCAUUUGAAAGGAAGAUAUAUUCAAUUUUUACAGUGUUUCUGUGUUUAGGCACUGCAAAUGGUGUUGCUGAUCCAAUCAUCUACGUGCUGGUUAGUGAAAACAUCAGAAGAGAUUGUUACAGGAGCCUGAGGAGAUGGAGAUUGAACUCAUCCAAGCUAAAUUCAUCCAUUAAUCACAAGACUGAGAGCAGAAAAUCAAAAAUACAAGAAGAAUCAGGGGAAGAAGGGCAAAGGGAAGAAAACAAAGAACUAACAGAUUCGUCCAACAUUCAAAAGACCUGUACUAGUGGCAGAGACCAAGAAGGUGGCAGCUAGCAGGUAGGUGUUGAAACAAAUAAGAAGUUCCCAAUGCCAGCUGCAGGCUGCAGACUGUAGGACACAAGUAUUUCCAUGCUCACAUCAUCUUGCAUGUCCUGCAUGGGUCAGCAACUCCUCGAGGACACUACAGGAGCAAUAAUUCUUAUUUCUUCUGUUUGUCUCCUACAAUAAAC